UUAGGGGUGCAGAACGUGAUUUAACCUUCAAAAACAAGUCUGUCUCCAUUUUUUGUGGCUUUUAAUAAAAAACCAGCUUCAACUCAUGCAUGUCAUGCACAAAGUUGAGAAAAACAGGGCAUGUAAAUUAUGACAAGGAGAAUACUUAAACACACUUAUCCAGAUUUGUAUUUAGAUUUUUAAGUCCAAGUGGUUCAUAGCUUAAGAACAUAACUAUGAAGAAGUUUUACGAAGAGAAGUACAAGAAUACCUUCUGGCUCAGACAGAAUUUUACGCAGAAAAGAUGGCGGUCAUUCAGAAAGCAAGCGACAACCACUGCUCUGCUGCUUCUCUUCUUCUUCCUCUUCAUCGCCGUCUUGGUUUUUGCAGGCUACAUCAACAUAACUGUACAUACAGGGCAUUCAGCUGAAAAACCAAUCAUUAGUAUUUCAAGAAUGGCAGAGACUCCUCUUCUGCCACCUCUAGACUGUCUGGCAUGGAAUGAGACACAAAAAUGUCCGCAAUCUAAUCCGGUGCUGCUCAAAUACAUGCUGAAUCAUGACCCUUCAAUGAACAUGGCCUGUCCUGAAUACUUCCGUUGGAUUCAUGAAGAUCUGAGGCAUUGGAGAGAGACAGGGAUUUCGAAAGACAUGGUUGACAGAGCUAAUAGGACUGCACAUUUUCGGUUAGUGAUCAUAGAUGGCAAGGCUUAUGUAGAGAAAUAUGUCAAGUCUAUUCAAACCAGAGACUUGUAUACUAUAUGGGGUAUUGUACAACUUUUAAGGUGGUACCCUGGGAGGCUGCCUGAUCUUGAUAUGAUGUUUGAUUGCAAUGAUCGGCCAGUAAUUCGAUCAAAGGAUCAUCGCGGGCCUAAUGCAGCCCCCCCACCAUUGUUCCGGUAUUGUUCAGAUGUAUGGAGCAUGGAUAUUGUGUUCCCUGAUUGGUCGUUUUGGGGAUGGGUAGAGACCAAUAUAAAACCAUGGGCAAAUGUAGUGAAGGAUAUAAAGGAAGGAAACAAGAGAACCAAGUGGAAAGACAGGGAGCCCUUCGCGUAUUGGAAGGGUAAUCCCUCUGUGGCUGCAACCAGGGCAGACCUCAUGAGGUGCAAUGUCACCGAUAAAACGGACUGGAAUGCUCGCCUGUUUAUCCAGGACUGGAAUAAAGAAUCCAAGGUAGGAUACAAGCAAUCGAAUCUUGAAGAUCAGUGCACUUACAGAUAUAAGAUAUAUAUAGAAGGAUGGGCUUGGUCAGUAAGCGAAAAAUACAUACUGGCAUGCGACUCUCCAACCUUAUUGGUUACACAGCGCUUCUAUGAUUUCUUCACAAGAGGCAUGGUACCAUUGCAACACUAUUGGCCUAUCAGAGACAGAGAUAAAUGCAGAUCUCUCAAAUUUGCUGUUGAAUGGGGAAAUAAUAAUACUGAAAAGGCACAAGCCAUUGGCAAAGCAUCGAGUCGCUUCAUCCAAGAGGAACUGAAACAGGAAUAUGUGUAUGAUUACAUGUUCCACCUGCUUAAUGAAUACGCAAAACUAUUGAAGUACAAGCCCAGCAUACCUCCGAAUGCUAUAGAACUGUGUCCAGAAACAAUGGCAUGCCUUGCUGGUGGUGAUUAUAACAAAUUUAUGAUGGCCUCCUUGGUGAAUUCUCCGAGGGAUUCAGUUCCAUGCACCAUGCCUCCUCCCUAUGAUGCUCAAGCUCUAAAAGCAUUCAUCGAUACUCAGAUUGGAUCAACAAGGAAAGUAGAGGCUUGGGAAAAUGAGUACUGGGAAAAACUUAACAAAAAGCAAUGAGAUUUUAAACUUGUUAACUUGCUUAACAAAACCAGAGGAGAAGACUUAAAUUAGGCUGUGCUUCAAUUGAAUGGAAAAUAAAAUGAGUCGCUUCUCCUCUCUGCUAUGUUCCCAAGUACCGAAUUCAAUUUUUUAUUAGUACA